UGACAAUUCCAAUUCUCCCAAAUCUUUUUCCGGGAAAUUCCAUGCAUUCUCUGCCAUGAAACUCUAACUCAAAACCGAUAAGAAACCCCCCAAAAAAAAAUUCUACGGUUCCGAAAUAUGUGCAGCUGUUUGAGCUUCCAAAUCCCCAAGGCUUUGCCUUCCAUUUAUGUUUCUCCAUCUCAAUGCAGCACCAAAUUCCCUUUCUUCAACCUAUCUCAACACAAACCAACCAACUAUCCCAAGCUUUACAAGAAACCCAAUGUUACAAACAUCAAUUUAAAACCAAAUAAUUAUUUGGACGCAAAGAAGACCAGCUUGGCUGUUCCAAUUGCUGCCCUUCUUUCAACUUUUGAGCUGCCGGCAUUAGCUGUUACAGGGGUAAACAAUGAGCCAGAUCUCAUCACUGUGAUAAUUCAACUGGGAAUUAUUGCUUUUGGGUACUUCCUCAUCGUGCCACCAAUCAUCAUGAACUGGCUUAGGAUAAGAUGGUAUAGAAGAAACCUGUUGGAGAUGUACUUGCAAUUCAUGUGUGUGUUCUUGUUCUUUCCAGGGCUACUGCUCUGGGCUCCAUUUUUGAACUUCAGGAAAUUCCCAAGGGAUAAAUCCUUGAAGUAUCCAUGGGACACACCUAAAGAUCCUUCACAAGUUAAAAAUGCAUAUCUCAAGUACCCUUUUGCCAAGCCUGAAGAUUACGAUUGGCUUUCCAAUUCCCAACUCCCUUCCUAGUCAUCACUCCACUUCUAGACCUUCCAAUAUUAUCCAUUUUCUCGGAGCUUGGUUUCUUGCACAACACGAAAUUCCUGGCCCCUUGCGAUCCUAUUAUAUCCCAUGGGCGGAGUGGAUCAGAUCGAGCACUGGGGCAAUAAAGGAGGAAAUGAUUGAGGUUAGAACCAAGAACAGGAAGCCGACCCUCCCGGACAUAUAAUUUCAAAGCAGUGUCGAUGACAUCAGCAACAGGCGCUUCCUCAUUAACAACAAAGCGGAUUGGCCCUGCACUUCCCACAACAAUGAUGCUGAUCAACAGCUUAUUGCCCUUGGGACCCUGAUUCUUCUUCUGCUUGUAAAGCAACAUUUUCUUUUCUUUUUUCUUUUUGUUCUUAUCACCAAAUCAAAAAAAGUAAAUAAAUUUUGAGACCACAAAAGAAAUGGGUUCAUGUUGUGUUUGGUUUUUGGUUUAGGGAAUGCAAAAAUGGAGGGCGGGGGUUGUUAGUUGUAAAAGGGGAGUAGUUCAAGGAUCAAGUCCGAGACGGCGAUAAUACCAGCCUUGUUUGCAAGAACCAAAAGCGAAAGCAGCAGAAGGAGAAAGAGGGAGGAGACAGCUCGCCCUUGAUUCACCAAGGGAGACCAUCAAAUUAGUAGUAGGAGCUGUUUCCACCAUUCACAAUUAUACUAAAAACACCCCAACAAAAGAUAAAAGAAGAGAUGGAGGAGGAGGAGGCAAAGUUGAGGGUAUCGCAGAAUUCAACAAGAAAAGGGGAUGGGAAGGUAAAGAGGAGGAGGAAAGAGAGAGCAAGGUUUGAUCCCCUUUAAGGUUGCCUGCGAUUUUUGAAGGGAAAAAAGUGGCCAUAGAUUUCCUGAAUUUAUAGGGAGUACCAGAAUUUGUUACUGUUGGGUGUGUAUGGUGUUGAGUUGAGUUGAAGUGAUAUUAUAGUGAUUUUAGUAAAUUACGCCGACCUUCCCUCACAAUCCAUUAGUGUGUUUUUUGAGUUCUUUAUAGAAUAAAGUUUAAUAUAUAUAUACAAAAGUGUAAUUUCAUGUUUAAUAGAAAAUAUGAUUGGAAUGUGAAGUAAAAUAAAUAAAAAGUAAUCCGCAGGUUCAAGAAUUGCUUCAAAA